AUGGCCUUUAAGAUUGCAAGAAGCUUUCCUAGAUGCGAAAUGGUGGAAAUAAGAGAGAAUACUGCUCGUGGACAAAAAUUCAAGAGAAUACGCAUAGAAAUUGGUGUUCUCUCACCUUUGCGUCGUGGAAUUAAACUUUGGGACUCGGAUGGAAUUAUAUGUCUUGCUUUGUUCCAAUACGAGCGACUCCUGUACAUGUGUUACUAUUGUGGAAGAAUGGGGCACACUAAGAAAAAUUGCAAGUUUCUUCAUAAAGAUGUGGAUACGGGAUGCAGGAAAGAAAGUCAAUAUGGCCCAUGGCUGGCUUUUGGUGUUGGUAAAACUACUCUAGUGUUCCAACAUCGGCUGAUUGAAGAUUUUUGA